UAUCCUCACGCUUUGCAAGUUUCAUUUGUUGCGUGACAAGAUGGUGGAUUGUGACUCGGAAUCUUUCGUCCUCGGAAUAGACUUAGGAACAACCUCGAUAAAAGUGUCGUUAGUGCGAAAUAGUAAUAGAGAUGUCAUCGAAAGCUAUAGAAUUGAUACAAGGGCGUAUAAUUCCGGCGAGAGAUCGAACUUUGCAGAGCAGGAUGUCGUAAAAAUAUUUGCUUGUUUACAACAUGUACUUGCCCAAUUCUCUCCACAUUUCCUGGCCAAAGUGGCUCGUAUUGGUAUUUGUGGACAAAUGCAUGGAUGUGUGAUGUGGAAAGGUGAAACAUGUAGUUUAUCAAGAGGUGGUGACCAUUUUAUACAGAGCGAUAAUGUCUCUCAUCUCAUUACUUGGGAGGACGGGAGAUGUGACAAUGAAUUUUUGGGCACCCUACCCCCUGCACGCACAAAUAUUCCUGUUUCUACUGGUUUUGGAUGUGCAAGCAUGUUUUGGCUACAGAGAAAUGACCCUAGCUUCUUGGAACGUUUUGACUGCGCUGGAACCAUCAUGGAUUACGUUGUUUGUGUUUUUUGUGAAAUGAGAAAGCCUUGCAUGUCCACGCACAAUGCAGUCAGCUGGGGAUAUUUUGAUGUCAAUCAUAUGACAUGGGAGUUAAAUAUUCUGAAAAAGGCAAACUUCCCCACUCAACUUCUACCAGUGGUGGUGCAACCAGGUACAAUUGUCGGUAAGCUACAAAAGUCUUUGUAUGGAAUUCCAGUUGGUACACCUGUGGGGGUGGGUCUCGGGGACUUCCAGUGCUCAUUGCUGGCAAGCAUAUCCCAGGAAAGUGAUGCAGUUCUUAAUAUUGGCACAUCCUGUCAACUGGCUGUGGUUAUUCCUGCUAAUACCAACAGUGUGGCCACAGGGGAAUCUUCAUUUCAAACCUCAAAGAUGCCUAGUAAAGCAGUUACAAUUCUUCCAUUCUUUCAUGGACAGAAAGUUAUGACAGCUGCAUCACUUUCAGGUGGUAAUAUUUUGGCCACCUUUGUUAAGAUGUUGACAUCAUGGAUGAGAGAUCUUGGACUUGAAGAGAGCCUUCCUUGUACAGAUGAAAUUUAUCGUAGAAUUCUAGCCUGUGCUGAUGAGAAAGGUGCAACAUCACUUCAAGUGGUUCCAACUUUAUGGGGUGAAAGGCACUCUCCUGAUCAAAGAGGACAAGUGAACAACUUGACAUCAGGAAAUAUCUCACUCGGUGAUGUUGGAUUGGGUCUUUGUCGAGGAGUUAUUGAAAACAUACAAGAAAUGAUGACACGAGAUUUCCUUCAUUUGCAUGGUGUGCGACAAAUAGUUUGUGCUGGUAGUGCUCUGAUGAGAAACCAAGUGCUACAGAAACAGGUUGAACAGGUUUUUGAAUUGCCACUGGUAUUGAAUGAACUUGCAGAUGCAUCAAUAGGUGCUGCGAUAGUGACUCUCUUGGAGAGAAAUUGAAUGGUAACAUUACAAUUCUGAAUUGU